AUGAAGAGGGCUGAGAAGUACAUAAGGAAGGAUGACGCCUUGGUGACAAGCCGAUUCGCCAAGGGAGUGGCAGGUAAGGAGAAAACCCUGGAGGAAAGGAGGCCGGAGAAGCAAGAGAAGAGACAUGGCAAAAGGCCUGAGCCUUACAGACAGCCCUGGGAGCGAAGGGACCAAAGACCUCUCCCUACUCGGGUCUCAGAACAGAAGUCACUCCCUCCGUGGGUUCCAGAGAAGUCGACCCCACUUAAUGCCUCUAGAGCCGAAGUGCUCAUUGCCGUCCAAGACAAGGAACUCUUUCAGUGGCCUAGACCCCUGAGAACGGAAGCCGACCAGCGAAAUCCUGACAAAUACUGUCAGUUCCAUCGUACUCAUGGCCACGACACCAAUAACUGUUUCCAGUUGAUCACGGAAAUCGAAAGGCUGAUAAAAAGGGGACACCUGAAGAACUUCGUGAAGAAACCAGAAGGACAGAGACCCCAGCCCAAUCCAGCAGUCCAAGCGCCGAGGAGAACGGGAGCUAACCCCGUAAACGACGGGUCUAGUGGGACCAUCAAUAUGAUUGUCGGAGGCACAGGAGGACGGAUGAGUCGAAGGGGGAAAAAGAGGAGUAGAGAGGGAGAAAGCAGCAGCGCUGAGGUCAUGCAGGUCGUCGUACACUCUCCGACGGUCAUCACUUUCUCCCCAGAGGAUGCCCAGGGUGUUCAAAUGCCCCAUGACGACGCCUUUGUCGUUGAAGCUGUCAUUCACAACUACCGCGUAAAGAAGAUCUUAGUGGAUGACGGGAGCAAGGUGAAUCUGCUACCUUAUCGAGUCUUCCAGCAAAUGGGAAUCCCCAAAGAGCAGCUGGUUCGAGAUCAGGCCCCGAUUAAAGUAAUUGGAGGAACGCCAGUAACGGUGGAAGGGAAGGUAAAGCUAGCCCUUACUUUGGGAGAAGCACCAAGGACUCGCACCCAUUAUACGGUGUUCCUGGUGGCUAAACUCCCCCUGAGCUACAACGCGAUCCUGGAAAGACCUGCAUUGUUUGACUUUGAGGCCAUCACCAGUAUCAGAUAUCUGGCAAUGAAGUUUCCAACAGAGGCAGGGGUGGGAAUAGUUCGGGGAAGCCAGGAGGAAGCAAGGGCAGUGUACCUAGCUACGGUAGCAGAGUCGAGCUCAACAGAAGAUAGGCUGAAUUCAGAAGUCCUGGAGGUCCGAGACAAGAAAACAGAAGCCAAGACAGAGCCGGUGGGGGAACUGGAGAUUUUUCCUUUAACAGAAGCAGAAACAGAUAAAGUCUUUAGUCUUAACGCCGGCCUCACCAAAGAACAGAAAAUCGAGGUCAUGGCCUUGAUCCGAAGUCACGCGUCAAGCUUCGCCUGA